AUGCCUUGCCUGUGGGAUCCUUCCACUGAGGACCUUUUUCCAGUGGCUUUCACAGAGAGGGAGUCUGACGCAGACAAGAACAGGCGAGACUCAUGGGUUACGAAGGUGCCUGAAGAGGGAGAUGAUUUGGAGGAGUUUGAGGAGUCUGACGAGUGUCAGUGGUUCGAUGACGGAGUUGGUGGCGUUGCCCAGGCAUCUACACAGCACUUGUUGCUCACGACCGAUUCCAAGAAUGAUUCAGAGGCACAGGAAAGGUUGCUCAUGACUGACUCCGAGGAGAAUCUGGAGGUGGCGACGCCACAGAUGUUCGACAUCAGCAGUGAUUUGGACGGCGAGUCCGAGGCGGCGAAGCCGCAGAUGUUCGACAUCAACAGUGAUUUGGACGGCGAGUCCGAGGAGCCGGUUUUGCCGGAGAUGCCCUUCGCUCCCCCUGAGGGGGAUUACGGCGACGACAGUGAGACGACGGAGCACCUAGAGCAGUUCAGACACGAGCAGGGCAGGGAUACAUUGGUAUCUACUUCUGGCUCCAGUGGAUCUUCGUAUCAGGAGCCGGUUUUGCCGGAGAUGCCCUUCGCUCCCCCUGAGGGGGAUUACGGCGACGACAGUGAGACGACGGAGCACCUAGAGCAGUUCAGACACGAGCAGGGCAGGGAUACAUUGGUAUCGGCUUCUGGCUCCAAUGGAUCUUCGUAUCAGGUACGAAAGCCAUGUGUAUGGAUUCACGGCAUUCCAUUUGAAGCGAAGACCGAGGACUUUGACACUGGGUGGGAGUACCUCUAUGACGGUCUGGUUUGCCCUGAGGCAGAGACAAUCACGAAAGUUCAGGAAGCAAGGCAUGAUGCAAGGCUGGCCGAGGACACUCUCUGUCCUCAGAUAUUUCUUCAUCUCCUCGGCUUCCUACCUGUGACCGAAGUGUUAGAGUACAACCUUCAAGCAGUGUCACGCAACUUUUCGAGUCGCGAGGUUUGGAUGACCCACUUGUUCAACUUGAUGGAUUUCGAUUCAUUCCAGCCUGUCAUUGGUAUUCCGACGGCCCCGGUGUGGCAUCCAAUUGAAGAGUUGUCGGCGUAUUUCAGCUUUGUAGCUUCGCAAGACGAGUCUUUGUCCAUCACAGAGAAACUGGUUUCUCCUCCUGUAGCGCAAUUUCGCGCCGAAGCUUCAGAAGGCUUCCAAGGCUGCUACCACGCCUUAUUCGGCCCAUGGGCUAAGAAACUCCAAGGCAAGUAUCUUGCCCAUGUCGACUUGGUGGUCAGGAAGGGGGACGCUCGUUUCUUAGGAGACGGUUGAGUCGGGACGCAGGCAGUUUUUGCCACCAGCUCGACCUUUGUGUGAUAGGGUUUCGUUGUCGAUGUAGAUAUGGGGAUUUGCAUUGCCUGGUCAGACUACCAAAAGGUAGCAAAGCCUGACUCACCUAACAAGUCUGCCUCCAAAUUGCUUGACGGCACGCGCAGACUUUUGUAGACCAGCAAACCACUGAAUGUGAUGAUGCCUGCCCCAACGCGACAAAUGUGGGCCCAAAA